AUGCCCGAGUUGGUCGGCGCGCUUUCGGACGCAGCGCCGCUGCGUCGCAUCUUGGAGAAAGGCACCGCUUCCGCCCGUCAGACGAACGGCCAAAAGCUUGGGUGCACCAAAGGAAGUUUAGAGUUAGUCAACGUCUCUUUCACAUACCCAGGGAUGGAUAAACCGGUUAUAGACCGUUUAAAUAUGGCAAUUAAACCGGCCACCAAGGUCGCCCUCCUUGGGCCGAGCGGGGCGGGUAAAACGACCCUGUUGAGGAUUUUUAUGCGGUACUUGUCGCCCAGCAGUGGUGUCGUUUUGAUCAACGGCCAAAACAUUGAAAACAUCGACAAAGACUCGUUUCACAACUUUGUCGGUAUAAUGCCGCAAAUGCCUUACAUAUUCAACACCACAGUGAUGGAAAAUAUUAGGCUAGGGAAGGCGGAUGCCAGCGAUGAAGAAGUUUAUGAAGGUUGCAGAAAUGCCAUGAUCCACGAUACUAUCAUGGCUCGCCCCCAUGGAGACAACACUCAGAUAGGGGAACAGGGAGGCUUUUUAUCCGGCGGUGAAAAGCAGCGUAUCGAGUUCGCCCGUCUUUUUUUUAAGGCGGCCCAAGGUUAUUUUAUUAGACGAGCCAACGGCUAA